AUGGCAAAUUCAGGAGUUGAUUCUGUGCUCAUAGUAUCCAAAGACUAUUUUAUCUCACUUAUGCGACACCCAGUUAGACAUUUACUAGUGGCGUGGAGUCUUGGAUUGAUAUCAUGGAAAAUAAUAACUUGUAUCCGUACAUAUCAGAAUCAGAAACUGUUAAAAUCAAAGCAGAUGCGUAUUGCUGAUAACACGGAGAAAAUGAGGAAAAUUUUGUCCAAAUUAACUCACUCAUCUAUACCUAUGGCUAUUUGUAGUGAGAAUUUACCCUAUCUUUGUGAACAAAUCAAAAAGAAGAGAAUGACCCCCGUGGAUGUUCUACAUGCAUUUCAGUUCAGAGCAUUACAAUUGCAGGAUAAUAAUAAUUCAGGCAUUGCUGAGUUUAUUUUAGAAGCAGAAGAGUACGCUGCCAACUUGACGAAAUCCCCAAUGAAUAUCGACGAACAGUCCGAAUUAUACGGAAUCCCUAUCAGCAUAAAAGAAGGGAUCGCGAUACGUGGCUAUGAUGUCACUAUGGGUAUCAUAAAACGAUGUAAUCAGCCUAUAGAUGAGGAUUGUGUACUCAUCAAGGUACUGAGAAGUGUUGGUUCAAUUCCUUUUGUGACCACCGUCACAACUCAGUUAUGUCGCACACUGGAUAGCUUUCACAGUAUUUAUAAUGAUGCAAAAAAUCCAUUCAAUAAAUCCAGGUUGCCGGGUGGGAGUUCUUCGGGUGAAGCUGUAUUAUUGGCACAGCAUGGUUCUCCUGUAGGUAUAGGUGGAGAUAUCGCCGGUAGUAUCCGAAUACCCUGCGCAUUUUGUAAUUUAGCUGGCUUGAAACCAACUUCUGGGAGACUGAGUCUAUUAGGUUUUGUAUCGGCUGCCAAGAAAUCAGUAUUGUAUUUAUCGCCUUGCCUAGGACCAAUGGCUAGAAAGGUGGACGAUUUAGCUUGUGUGAUGCGUGCGUUAUUGUGCCAUACAAUGUUUGAUUUAGAUCCGUAUGUUAUACCGAUGAGCUUUGACCGAGUGUCUUAUGAAGGGAAGAACAGAAACCAGUUGGUGAUCGGUUAUUAUCUUAACUUCGACGACCCAAAUCUCAUUCAAGUCUUGGACGUAAAUCAGCAAGUUGUAGAAAAAGCAGCCAAAGCAUUAGAAAGUGCUGGACAUCGACUUGUAAAGUUCACAGUUCCUGAUCCUUAUAAAGCCUUUAUACUUGGUUUGCAUGCCUUGUUUGCAGAUGGUGGUCAGGAACUUCGAAGUCAUCUUCGAGGGGAACCACUUAGUCCGCAUAUUAAACUUAUCAGUACUGUUACUAGAAUUCCAGACAUUUUGAAACCUAUUGUCGGGUUGAUUUCUAAACAUUUCAUUGGUAAACCGGUCUGCCCAUCAGGUGCAUUCCAGAAACUUGGCAGUGGUCAGGCAGCAGUUAAUUUAAUUUCUGAAAUCGAAGCUUACCGAUACGAAUUUGCAAAAGCUUGGAAUAAUGCAGGCCCACUGGAUGCGUUAAUAUGUCCUGUAUUUCCUUAUCCUGCACCACCAGAAGAUGCCUCACAAGUAUAUAUAUCUCCAUCCGUUAUCUACACUUUCCUGUAUAAUAUUCUGGACUAUCCUGCUGGAGCUGUCCCAGCUGGCUUUGUCACCGAAGACGAUGUUCGAAAUUCAUUAAUGAAAUCUGAAUCACUGUAUUCUACCGGUGAUUCUUACAUGUCCAAAGUAUACGGACUAUUAAAUGGAGGAGAAAACCUACCACUGUCUAUUCAAGUGGUUGGUAAACCGUAUCAUGAAGAGACCGUUCUUCGAGUUAUGCGUGAAAUAGAAAGUAGUUUCUCUCAGCAAACUGAGUCGUAAUUUCAAAGAGUAUUUCAACCUUUUGUUAUCGUAUUUCCUCUUUAUUUAAUUUCAUGUCACCUUUGUUUCUUUACUAGCAUUUUGUUAAGUUUUGAUUUAAACUUUUGUACCUAGUUCUUCUGAAUUAAGAUUGCUGAUUAGUGUUAUUUACUCUACAUUUUCAAUGAUAACUGAAGUUUACUUUCUCGAUUUUUUAGUUCUCUUUACUGUGAUAAUUGUGUCUGUUAAUCUUCAUUGUAGAUUUUAGCAAACGAUUCCAUCAACUUUAACCAAAAUUACCGUACUUAUUAAAAAUGUGUUGCUUUUUGGAUGAUGGUGGAUGAUAAUAUUAGUCAGUUAGGUGUAAUGAGAUGGAA